CCAGCCCUGCCUGUCCCCACUUGAAACUUGGUUAAUGAAAGCAAGCUGCUGGGGCUGGCGCUCACUCGGCGAGCCGGCGGCGGGCGGGCACAGGGGCAAGGGCCCGGGCUCCACCGAGCUGCCUCUUCCCCGGCUGCGGCCCGGGCUCCCGCGUCCCCCUCGCGCCCCUCGCAGCCCCUGCGGGAAUCACCGGACUUUUAGGCCGGGAAGGACUACUGGAGGGUCUCUGGUUCAGCGGCUACUUUCUCAGCUGGAGAAACUGAGUCCCACACCCAGGAAGUGACGGGCCCCAAAUCACGGAGGAGAUCUCCUCAUGACGCCCACUGAGAAAAUGGCCCCGCUGGCGACCGGCGUCCUCCUGUUGCUCCUGCCCCUCCUGAGGGCCCCGGCCGCCACGGCCCUCUCGGUGCUGGUCCAGGGCGCCGUCCUGGAGGACAGCGGGGGCAGCGGGGAGCUGGAGGGCUCUUCGGCUUCCUCCCCCAGCCUCCCCCCGCCCCGGACCCCGGCCCUCAGCCCCACCUCGGUGGGGCCCCGGCCCACGCCCAUGGCAGGGCCCUCGCCCCCCACCAACUUCCUGGACGGGAUCGUGGACUUCUUCAGGGAGUACAUGCUGCUCAUCGCCGUGGUGGGGUCCCUGGUCUUCCUGCUCCUGUUCAUCAUCUGCGCGGCCGUCAUCGUCCAGCAGAAGCACAAGGCCUCCGCCUACUACCCGUCCUCCUUCCCCAAGAAGAAGUACGUGGACCAGAGCGACAGGACCGGGGGCCCGCGGGCCUUCAGCGAGGUUCCCGACAGGACCCCCGAUGCCCGCCCGGACGACGCCGCCGUGGACGCCUCCCGCCAGCUGCAGGCGGACAUCCUGGCCGCCACCCAGAAUCUCAAGUCUCCCACCAAGGGGCCCGUGGCCAACGGGGACGGAGUCAAGGUGGAGGAGACGGAGGGAAGGAAGAAGGAUGAGGAGGGGGGCGCCGAGGAGGAAGCCCCAGGCCAGGGAGGCCCCAGUGAGAAGCCAGAGGCUGCCUCUGGGGAGGCCGCUGAGCCGAGUUGUCCGUCGGAGGCCGCGGCAGAGGAGCCGCCGGCCGUUGGGACGGACCCUGGUGAGCGGGAGGGCGCUUUGCCACCAGAAGCUGGGGAAGCCACCAGUCUCCCUGUCCCCGAGGGUCCCUGUGCCUGCGGCAGUCCCUCUCCGGAGGUCGGGCAAGCCAGCGGCCUUCAGUGAACCGGGCCUGAAGCCCAGCUGGCCUCCAGACUCUGCCCUGACCACCUAGACCAGGCUGGGCCGGCCCUGGGAGUCCGCCUGCGGCUGGGGGACAUCUCAGCCAGCCUGUUCCCCAGAGCCCUGAACAUCCACCCCAAACUCUCCGGGGGACCCAACCCUCCACUUGGCUUCCACCCCAGCAGCCCCUGAAAGGUCAGGACUUCCUCCGGCGCCUCCAGAGCCCCCCCAGAGCCAGACUGCGCUGAGUCCGAGCCCCCAUGACAUAAAGGUCCAGCCCCUUCUCUACAGACCCCUCCCCCUUUAGCUGAACUCCAGGCAGCUUGCCACCGGCCCCUGGCACUGCCAUCUGGGGCCAGACACUAGGAAGGGUCUUUUGGAGGCUUUCCUUGGAUGCAGGGAGGGACAGGAGAUGUCACUGCUGACAAAGGACCAGGGGUUCCUUCAUUUCCCCUAAGAGGAUUGCUUGGGGGCCCUUAGGGUCCUGUACCCUGACCUUGGAGGCUCACCACGGCUCUCUGGCUCGGGAACCCACCUGAGGCAGGGCCUGGGGGUGGCUGGAACUGGGUGCCGGCCUCAAGCCUGGAAUGGACAUCAGUGACCUUCCCUCCCCAAAGACAUGACCAGUACGGCGAGUCAAAGGAGACGGUCUGACUCAACAGGGGUCUCCUCCACUUAAGCUAAAAAAGGCAGGCCCCAGGGUCUCUUUCCUCCUUCUGUAACCACUUGUUUGUCCCAUGGGCUUCAGGGUGGGGCCCAGACUCCCCUUAGCCGCCCAUUAGAGCUUCACUGCCAACGCAUCUCUCGGAUCGGGGCCGGAUCGCGGGACCGCUGCCCUCGGGGGGAGGAGCAGGAGCUCCCCUGCACCGGCAUCCUCUGGGCCCCAUCCCUGGUACCCUAUUAGCAAGGACAAGAAGGAGCGCGCUGCUCCAUCUAGCAAUGGUAACGACGGUACAUCCUAAUAAACCUGCUCUGGUGCGAUUCGCCUUGUGAGGCUGCCUUUCUUUGGGGUCCUAG